AUGGCGAGGUUACAAGCCGCCAGGAAACAGGUAUCUUUCCAACAGGUUAACGAAGAAGAAACGGUGGCCCCUUCUUCUCCUAGUAAUGAUUUUCCAAGAGCAAAACGGCUGGUCCAGACGAUACCAAUACAUUACUUGUUUGUUCUCUUAGGUAUGUUUAAAUUGGGGUUGACCCAAGAGAUACCAGCUACCUUAUUCAGAGGUUAUUUCAGCUUGUUGGCUCUACAGAUAGUGUAUGGAUAUGUCUUGAAUAAAAAUAUUGCAGGCAAAGCAACAAAAAAACAUAAAAAGGAAGACGACAACAUCAUUUUGUUGGUAUUUGCAAGUUUGUUAAUAUCUACAAUCUUAUCAAUUCCUGUGUUCAUUGCAUUGGUAUUAUUUGGGGCACCUUUAUCCUCUCAUCUACAGGAAACAUACCUUUUGGCACUUCACCUUUCUAAUCUCGUAUUCUAUCCUACGUUGGUUAUAUUUAAGCUCGAUUAUGAAGUUUUCGUGAAGAUGCUUUCACUGGAAAGCUUGUUUAAGGUAAUAUUGAGCAGUCCCACGUUAUGCAGCAGCGCUUUGUGUCUCGUUGGUACCUGGUUGGCCGUGAUUCCCAUUCCGUUAGAUUGGGAUCGGCCAUGGCAACAGUGGCCUAUUACAUUGAUAUCGGGAGCAUAUUUCGGUUCCUUUGUCGGUGGCACAAUCAGUUUACUCUUUUAG